ACCCGUUUUGUCUACACGACAGCUACGGAGCCCCGGCUUCCUCGGUUCCCUCCCCCUCCGUUCCCAACGAAGCGCCCCGUCUCCCCGCGUCCGGCCCUCUCCCGCCGCCCCCGCAACCAACGGCAUUAACAGGUCACGCCCGGGCGCACUGCGGGGACGCGCGGCCGCGCGGGAGGGCGGAGGCGAGGCGCGCGCGCACGAGCCGUUCCGCCGGAAACUCCCGCUCUGUUAUGAUCGUCGCCGCGAGGACGAAGAGAGGAGGAGGAUUGCCGGAAUUCACCAUGACGAACAACUUCCUGACGACGAUACGGAGCCUGAAGCUGAUCGAGGGGUGCAAGGCGGCGCAACUCUACGCUUUCAGCUCCGUCGGGGCGACGUCCACGUCCGGCUCGGGGGAUGCCGGUGGCAGCGGCAGGCCGCCGCCUCCACCCCCGCCGAAGAGCUUCUCCCUCAGGUCCGCGUCACUGUACUACCCUCACGCAGCGCCGUCCACGUCGGGGGCCUUCGCGGCCGAGCCGCACCUGCCGUGCGGCCUCCCCGUCGCCGAGGCGCUCGAGCCGGCCCUGGACACGUGCCUGCACCCCGUCGACCACGUCGCGGCGCUCGCCGCGUCGUUCCGGCGGGUCUCGUCCUCGGCGGAAGGCGGCCAUGGCCUCUGCGACGUUUACCUGGAGCAGCACGCGCUGUUCCACUCGAUCGGGGACGCCCGGCUGCUCCGGCAGUCGCUGCGGACGGCGCGCGUCCACGCGGACGAUCCGCAUCGGCGCGUCGUGCUCUCCGCAUGGCUCCGGUACGAGCGCCGCGAGGACGAGCUCGACCCGACGCCGACACCGCUCGCUCCCUGCACCGCGACGACCCCUCUCCUCGAGUGCCCCCGCGCCACGGUCUUCGCGGGGAUGUCCUCCGGUGUGGACCCGGUCUGCCCGUGUCGCCGCCUGCCGCCUCCUCCCGCCUCGCCUCCACCCCACCGCCUCAGGCGCAAUACGUCAGGCGCCGCGUACCAGGUGGGAGAGGAAGAGGAGGCGGAGACCAAUGACCUGUGGUUCGUCAUCGGCGAGGAGGAGGUGGCGUGCGAGCGCUCGUGCAUCGCCGCACUCUCUAAGCCGCUCAACACGCUCCUCUACGGCGGGUUCGCCGAGGCGCAUCGCGACCGCAUCGAUUUCACCCGCGACGGCAUCACGCCGCGCGGCAUGCGCGCCGUCGCCGCCUACAGCCGCCACGGCCGCAUUGACGACCUCCCGCCCGACACCAUCUCCGAGCUUCUCGCCUUCUCCAACAAGUUCUGUUGCGAGGGCCUCAAGGCGGCCUGCGACGACAAGCUCGCAGCCAUGGUGCGCGGCGCCGACGACGCCCUCUCCCUCAUCGACCUCGGUCUCGAGGAGGCCGCCCACCUCCUCGUCGCCGCCUGCCUUCAGGCCUUCCUGCGGGAGCUCCCCAAGUCCCUCACCAACCCGGACAUCGCGCGUCUGCUCUGCAGCCCGGAGGGCCGAGAGUGCCUUGACAUUGCCGGUAACGCGUCCUUCGCGCUGUACUACUUCCUCUCUUACGUUGCCAUGGAGCAGGACAUGAGGUCGAACACCACCGUGAUGCUGUUGGAGAGGCUGUGUGAAUGUGCGGAGCUGCCAUGGCAGAAGCAGCUGGCAUUGCACCAGCUCGGGUGCGUGAUGCUGCAGCGCGGCGAGUUUGAGGACGCGCAGGGCUGGUUCGAGGAUGCCGUUGCCGAGGGCCAUGUCUACUCGCUCGCCGGAGUGGCGCGUGCCAAGUACAAGCGCGGGCACAAGUACUCUGCAUACAAGCUGAUGAACAGUGUUGUCGGCGAAUACGACGAGCCUGCCGGAUGGAUGUACCAAGAACGUUCGCUGUAUUGUGUCGGCAAGGAGAAGAUGCCUGAUCUCCAGACGGCGACGGAGCUCGACCCGACGCUGACCUACCCAUACAAGUAUCGUGCUGUUGCGUUGUUGGAGGAGGACAACAUUGAGUCGGGGAUCGCAGAGAUCAGCAAGGUCCUCGGUUUCAAGAUGGUGACCGAUUGCCUUGAGCUCCGGGCGUGGUUCUACCUUGCACUUGAGGAAUACGAGUCAGCAGUGCAGGAUGUCAGGGUGAUAUUGACGUUGGAUCCAACUUACAUGAUGUUCCAUGGGAAAAUGCACGGGGAACAGCUGAUUGAGCUCCUCCGAGGGCAGGUGCAGCAGUGGGAUAUGGCAGACUGCUGGAUGCAGCUGUAUGAUCGGUGGUCGGCGGUGGAUGACAUCGGCUCUCUAGCAGUUGUCCAGCAGAUGCUCACCAGGGAAUCCGGAAACAGCAGUUUGCGGUUUCGGCAAUCACUUCUCCUGUUGAGGCUAAAUUGUCAGAAGGCUGCCAUGCGUAGUUUGCGAUUUGCCCGGAACUGUUCACUCCAUGAGCAUGAGAGGCUUGUAUAUGAAGGAUGGAUUUUAUAUGAUAGUGGACACCGGGACGAAGCACUAGCCAAGGCUGAGCAGUCAAUUAGCCUUCAAAGGUCAUUCGAAGCCUUUUUUCUGAAGGCGUAUGCUUUAGGAGAUUCUAGCCUCCACACAGAAUCUGCACUUUCUGUUGUGCAGCUUCUGGAGCAUGCUAACAGUUGUGCAUCUGAUAACCUUCGCAAGGGGCAAGCAUACAACAACAUGGGGAGCAUAUAUGUCGAUUGUGAUAUGCUGGAUGAGGCAGCUGAGUGCUAUGGUAUAGCACUGAGCAUAAAGCAUACACGAGCGCAUCAGGGUCUAGCACGUGUCCAUUACUUGAAGAAUAGAAAACCGGUUGCAUUUGAUGAGAUGUCAAAACUCAUAAAAAUAGCUACAAACAGUGCAUCAGCAUAUGAAAAACGGUCAGAGUAUGCUGAGCGCGAUGUUGCGAGAGACGAUCUGAAUACAGCGACACUUUUGGAUCCUACAAGGACUUAUCCUUACAGAUAUAGAGCUGCUGUUCUGAUGGAUGAGAACAAGGAAGAGGAGGCGGUCUCAGAGCUCUCGCGGGCAAUAGCUUUCAAGCCAGACCUCCAACUGCUCCAUCUCCGCGCAGCCUUCUUCGACUCCAUGGGCGACAACGCGAGCACCCUGAGGGACUGCGAGGCCGCGCUGUGCCUGGACCCGACGCACGGCGACACCCUGGAGCUGUACAGCAAAGCGUCCAUGAAGGCCGAACCGCAGAGCUAGCCAGCUGCGCGCUCGAUCGCCGUCCUCCUCGUCGUUGAUUCAGCUGCAUUUUUUUGCGAGGCAGAAUGAUGAGACGAUUCUUCUCUCCCGGGAUUGGUGGAAGCAGAAGCACUGGAGAUCAGCGAGGCAGGAGCACCCGAACGUACACACACACACGUCUAAGUAUACGACGCUUGAUCAUGUUAGCUGGAAGGCACCGCCAUGAGCGAGAACCACAGCAGAUGAGCAUGUGCUGUUUAAGGUAGAGUGUGCAAGUGACAAAAGCAUCUCAUAUGUACAUCAAGAUUGAAGAUAACCAACAGCUCCAGAAGAGAGGAAGAACGAGUUAAAGAGAGACAGGACAGCAAGCAUGAUCGUUCUCUUUUUCUCCCUUUUUUUUUACGCCUUCUGAUGUGCAUCUGGAGGCACGACUGAUCACAAAGAAAUUGAGUUUUUAAAGUAAUGCAGCGAAGGCAAGAUUCUCUCUACUUUAUUUCUGCAGCAAAUUGUGUUAGUGAUGUGAGUUGUGGUUCCUACAUGGCCACCACGUCUGGCCGUC